UUGUUAUUGGCAUUAUUUUUAUAAUAUCUAAUUAUUUGUAAGCGUGAAUUUGAAGUUUUCAAUAUUAAAUUACUUAAAUGCUUUGUAAAUAUGAUAUUAUAUCGACAUGAAAAUUGUUCUUAAACUUUUUAUUCACCUAACAGCGUAUGUAUACAUCAUAACAUCUGUCAAUUUUUCCCGCAAUACCUGUUAUAAUUGAUCGUGUUGAUAGGGUCAGAAGUAGGUUUUUUAUUACAGUAAAUUAAUAACUUAAAAUGGCUCAAGGAGAUCCUAUGAAAUGGCACAUGCCAGGGUGGAGAAUAGAGCAAAAAUAUUCGCCAGGUGUUUUGAUAGGAAACUGGGAUGAAGAAAAGUAUACGUUUCAAAGAGGCAAUGUCAAACAUAACAGCACGCACCGAGUGGACUUCAGAAAUGUUGGCAGUCAUCGCCCGGAUGUUUUAGUGCGUAGGAAGGCUUUACUUAGAAAUGAUGGACUUGGCCCAGAAAAUCUUUUCUGGCAUCAUGGAAAGAAAUAUACAAACAACAUGUUAUCGUGGUACGAUGAGCAUUAUAAUGGCAGAUGGCGCGAGAAUCAGCUACCUCCUAGUCGACAGUGGAAUAGCCAUCAGCUUGCGUGGGGACCAGAAAAGUCAGACUAUCCAUUACAAGACUCAUUGCUAAAUGGUCUUCUUGUGUUUGCUGCCCCGACCAACUUUGGCCUUCUCCAGAGUCUACAGGAGAAAUGGAAGUCUGAGAUCGCAGAUGAGACCAGAGGGGAUUUCAACUCAACCUACUCAUCUUCCUUUGUACCUCACAGCAAGGAGGACAUGACAAAAACGAGGUAUGCAGUAACACGAGCUCAGUCAACUAACCUUCACCCUAUCAACAAGAUCAACAAGGAUCUGCAUUUCCGUGGAACAUGCGUCCUCAAGUCCCCAGAAAAACUCCCUGAACUGCCAAUGCGGUCAAUGACCACUGUGGGACUGUAAAUUAGAAAUAUAUAGAAAGAAUUAUUAAAAUAUCAGCAAGAAACAUUUUGCAACAAUGCUAACAUUGCAUUCAUAACAGCAAGAAAGGGAAAGACACUUUUGAGAACAUUUUUUUUUUUUAAUUCCUGUGAUGAAAUAGAAGUUUUAUUUUUUAAAUUGCAAUAAAAAUCUUUCUCAAGGAAAUAAAUUAUUUAUUUCUUUAACAUAUUGAUAGAAGUAUGUAGAACUUCAUUGUUGACUUUUUAAAAAAAUGUACAAGAAGGGUGAGUUAAAUACUACCUUUAAAUUGUAUUCUAUAAAAAAUUGCCACAGUCAUGUAAGUCUUUAAAUGUUAAAAGUAUUAAAUAUCAGUACAGUAUUUUACAUAAAGUAUACUUUGUUACAGCGUUAAUUGUAGGACAAAUAUUUUUUAGAUUAGCUACCCUUGUUAAAUGUCUACAUAUCAGUAUUGUGUGUUUUAGACUGUUUUAGACUGUUUUCUUCAUUUUUGCUCAUAUCAAAGUUAUGUAGUUGGAAAUUCUAUCAUUAUUAAUGGAUGUAUUUGCUCAUUUUGUUUUUUUGUUUUACCCCAUUUUUGUCUGUACAAUUAGCCCAUUUCAUAAGGUUUGAAAUAAAAUAAAUGUAUUAAGAUAAAAGAAAAAGGUUUUGCACACAUUAUUAACACAUAUAAAAGUAUACUCUAACUGUUAUGCUAUCAAAUGAAGUAUGUUUGUGGUUUUAAUUAUUAAAACAAAAUUAAAAUAUCAUUCUGAAUAUCUGACAGUACUCUUUUAAGCAAUAAUUUUGUUUUCGUUUGCUUCUGAGCUAAUUGUUCUAAAAUGGUUUUAUUUGAAAUGUGUUGCAUGUUGUUGUCAAUUAAUAAUGACUGAAAAUCAUGAAUACAGCACGUUGCUCUUUAUUCAAUAUCCUUACAUAAUUGUAUCAUAUUUUUUCAGAAGUGAUUGUUUAUUCAUAGUCAACUUGAGAAUUAAAAUAAAUAAAUUUGUUUUACUGAUAUAUUUCAAAGAUCACUUAGAUAGAAUUACAUAAAGAGCAUUUAUUAAGUUUCGUUGUCAAAUAAAAUCUAACGUUUUGUCAAAUAAAUCUUUUGUUUACAGGAAAUAACCUUUGUUUUAUUAUGCAUAACCUUGAGCAAAGACACCAUAAACUGUCUGAAUAGGUAUAAUAACGGUCAUGGUAAAUCAGCCUAUUUCAAUAGUUUUCUUGAAUUCUCAUUUUUUUUAUAUAUUCAGAGGACCAUUCCUGUGUUUUUCUACUUCUGACAAGCUCUAUUGACUAUGAAGUUUACGUAAUUUGAGGUUACUAUUUUACUGUAAUGAUAAAGGUAUUCAAGUUGGAACUCCAAUUUACAUGUUGUUAAAGUGUCUUGCUCACAUGUUGAUUUUACUUGUAAUAAGGUGUACAUUAACUGUGAUAUAUUUAUGCAAAUAUUUUACAAGACUAUAUAUAUAUAUAUGCAAGACUUAUUCCUAAUUUGCUGUGAUUGUAAUUUUUAGACUUUUAAAAUUGACUGAUACAGACAGUGAGACUAUAGAUUACUGAUACAGACUGUACUUUUACUGAUACAGAGAACAUUAUAUUUUCUGAUAUAUGUUUACCAAAGAAUUACAAUUGUUAACAUAUUGAAUUUGUAAUGUAAAACACAAGUUUAUAAAAGUGACAUGAAAGUUACUUGUUCUGUGAUAAAUGGUUUUAUCUUACAUUUUUUAAAUAUUUAUCUUCAUACUAAGAAACACAUGAUAAACAGAUAGAAAGUGUAUCAAGGUAUAAUGUAAAUGUUGUUUUAUAUUUAGUAUAUCAAAUCAGUAUUGCCUUAAAUGUUUCCCUGAUAUCAAAUAUCAAGUUAUCAGUAUUGCUGUUGUUAUGGAAAUGUUUGAACAUUUCAGAACCUAAGUAUUAAUUGUUAUGCUCUUAUUUAAAGCUGCACUCUCACAGAUAUACCAUUUUUACAACUUUUUUAUUUUUUGUCUUGGAAAGAGAAAAUUUUUGCGCAAAUAUCUGCAAACCAAUGAUAUAAGAUUGCUGACAAAAAAUCAGAUCGUACGUUUUCAUAUUUCCGUUCAAAAAUAAAAAUUUUCUGGCUUAAACCGUUACUAACGGUUUAAGAAAAAUGCAUAAAACAUCAAUUUUUGAACUUAAAUAUAAAAAUCCGCGAUCUUAUUUUUUGUCAGCAGUCUUAUUUAACUGGUUUCCAUAGAUUUUCGCAAAAAUUGGCUCGUUCCAAGACAAAAAAUAAAAAAAGUUGUCAAAACGUUCAAUCGGUGAGAGUGCAGCUUUAACAGAUACAUAAUUGUUGUAAACAUUUAUGCAGUUAUUGAUUACAGAACAUUGGAUAUGCAUAUUUAAUUUAGCUAUCAAAAACUGUGCUGUACAAGUAUUUUAACUUUUUGUCAAAAGAUAAUGCUAUUAUUUUAAAUGUUUAAGGAUUGACUUUCAGAAUAAUUUUGACAUAUAUGAAAUAUACAUGCAUGUAAAAAAAAGGUUUCAGUAUUAUAACAGGGGUAAUUGUAUUUUGAGAGUAUUAAGGGUACAAUCAUUCGUUUUGACAUUUCCCAACAUUUUUAUGCAGAUUUUGAUACAAUUAAAGACACAAUUAAUAUUCAUUUUUCGUAUUUUCUUUAACUCAUUUAUAUAAAUCUUUGAAUCACUCUAUACUUUGACAUAUACUUUGUAAAUUAUAUCUUGUGCGUUGAUGUGUUGAGAGAUUCUGUUUUGUUUCAAUGCCUCAUUUUGAAUAAAAAAAAUACCAUCUCA